GGCUACAAGGCUUCUUAAUUUUAAUGACUUUCAAAGGCUUCAGUUUAACCACUCGGCUAAACACUCCCAGCGGAACAAUCAAGGCCUAAAAGACGCAUCACAGCUUUUUUGGUUGUCUGUUCCACUGCCUCAGCUCGACGAUGAAUCGGUGGUGUUCGAAAAACCAAACAGGAAGCUGGCACGGCUCAAGGUGACCGUCUGCUAGGGCCUUCUUUGGCUGCGGCCGAAGCGUCGCGUCGCCCCUGGCAACCGGAUGGCAAACUUGGCUGCAGGCCAAACGGAGGAUCAGCGCCAGUUCUACCAACAAUCAGAAGCUUAAGAAUUUGGCAAGUGGAUGCUGUCUUCGUCCCCUGCCUCAUUUUCUUGUUGUUGUCUUUUUUCCUGCCAAGGAAGUUGUAAUUUCUGAUUGUAUUGUUUGGUACCAGUAUUACGCAAGUAUUACUUACUAGUUUGAAGCUCCUAUCAAUGAUUCAUUUACACCUUUGCUGCCCUAUUAUUGUGUAAGGAGCCAUACUGUACUUAAGUUAAGCAAGGGCCCUGUAUGCUAACUAUCACAAAACCUACAAUUGUAGGGCUGUAGACAACAACAACAUAUACCCAUACUGCAAUUGUUUAUGAUACUGCAUCAUGAAAUCUUCAAAUUCUUCAAAUUCAAACCUGGCAGUAUUGCUGUAUUAUCGACACAUGUUUGUUUGUCUAAGCCAGUAGUUCUGAAUUAUUUUCUAUCACAAUACCACAAUAUUUGGUACAGACUUUUAGGGCCCUGACAAACACGUGUGUAAAAUCUGAGCAAGAUUGCUUAAAAAACAUUGCCAUCAUCAAGCAAAACGUUUUUGCUAGGACACAGGGAGCACUUGGCAACUAACUGUCUGUAAGUCAUUGACUAUUUGUCUAAGGAUUAUCAAACUUUGAGAAUAUCAGUAUCUACAUCCAUGACCAUCUGACAAAAUGCAACGCUGACAUUGCCAAGGAGGCACAGGACAUUAAAUUUACCAUCAAGAAGAAGAAGGUGGUACCUCUGCAGUGAGGCGAGACCAUCCAUUCCUAUGCACUCCAAUGCAGCGAGGCUCAGGGUGACCGCUACCAUUGACAGCCCCUCAGGACCAAACAGAUGCAGCCAAGGAGAGAAGAGACACUUCACUGCAGCAGAGUCCCUCUGAUCAUAGCGUUCUGUGUUUCUGUGGCUGUGGGUCUAGUCUUGGGCGCUCUGGUCUAUGUGAUCCUCACAUGGUUUUCCCGACGAAGAGCUGGCUCUGCCAGAAUCACGAGCUGCCCCCUUCGCCAGUCCCGUACAUGCCCUAGAAACUACCCGGGCUUCAACCGCAACAGCAGCAGCCACGACCGGCGAAGCAACAACAGCUUGGUCAGCGCCGCGUACACCUUCUACCGCCAGACCUCAAACCCGGAUUCCCUCGACCCGCUGGGGUACAAGUCUAGCUUCAGGGCGUCAACCUUCCAUCCUCUUCUCCACUGUAGCCAAAUUGCCAGGGAGGCGGAAGAGGGAAGUCAGGCGUCGUUGCCCCGCACGCCCACCCUGACAAUCACUACCAACUCAGCUCACUCAGCUGCCACUCCACCCAGACCCCACUCUUUUUGGGGGGACAGCGGGGAUUUCCAAGCAACACAGACCCCCCCUCCUGCUUACGAAAGUAUCAUUAAAGCUUAUCAGGAGACUCAUACCUAGGAUGCAAAUGAAAUGAAAUCCAAAGACAAAAGCUGCUGAUCAUAGCACACAAAAAAAAAAAACUUUUUAAAAAAGAAUGACAAAUGUCACCCAUAUCUUAAGUACCACCAACAAGUAAAGUUUUUUACUAUGCAAAUUGUCACCUGGGCUUUAAUAAACAAUCCAGACCA